CCAAUGAGCGGCUGCACAGUGGCCGGAGGCGGGGCGGCGGCGGCGCUCGGCGCGGUCUGCGGCUCUGCUGGUCCGGGUCAUGGAGGCGCCCACCGCCCGCCUGGUCCUGCUCUUGCUGCUCGGGGCCUGGGCCCCGGGGCCGGGCAGCGCCUCCCCGGAGGCACCGCUGCUGGUCAACGAGGACGUGAAGCGCACGGUGGACCUCAGCAGCCACCUGGCUAAGGUGACGGCCGAGGUGGUCCUGGCGCACCCGGGCGGCGGCUCCACAUCCCGCGCAGCUUCCUUCCUCCUGGCCCUGGAGCCCGAGCUCGAGGCCCGCCUGGCGCACCUCGGCGUGCAGGUGAAGGGAGAAGAUGAGGAAGAGAACAAUUUGGAAGUACGAGAAACCAAAAUUAAGGGUAAAAGUGGGAGAUUCUUCACAGUCAAGCUCCCAGUUGCUCUCGAUCCUGGGGCCAAGGUUUUGGUCAUUGUGGAAACAGUCUAUACCCAUGUGCUUCAGCCGUAUCCAACCCAGAUCACCCAGUCAGAGAAACAGUUUGUCGUGUUUGAGGGGAACCAUUAUUUCUACUCUCCCUAUCCAACGAAGACACAGACGAUGCGUGUGAAGCUUGCCUCCCGAAACGUAGAGAGCUACACCAAGCUGGGGAACCCCACGCGCUCUGAGGACCUCCUGGAUUAUGGACCUUUCAGAGACAUCCCUGCUUACAGUCAGACCAUCCUCCCUGCCGCUGCCCAGGACGUUUACUACCGGGACGAGAUUGGCAAUGUUUCCACUAGCCACCUCCUUAUUUUGGACGACUCUGUAGAGAUGGAAAUCCGGCCUCGCUUCCCUCUGUUUGGCGGGUGGAAGACCCAUUACAUCGUUGGCUACAACCUCCCAAGCUAUGAGUACCUCUAUAAUUUGGGUCAGUUUUUAGUAGUUAGGGAGUAAAAAGGGGAGAGACUA